AUCGCUAGUCAAUCGCAACACGACAUGUCGAGAAAAAUGUAAGUAAUAGCAAUGUUCUUGUUAUCAUUAAUUGGUUAACUUAUCAUUUUCUUUGUAUUUAAGAUAAUCAACGUGAAAGUCAAACCAGAAGACAGACUGCGGAUUUUGACCGAUGUGGCCUUUCAAGAAACGUCGUCGUUUUAGAUUUGAUUAGCUACCCUGUCUUCUUCACAAUUUCAUGCUAUAAAAGCUUCGACAACACAGCUUCUUCUUAAAGCAAAACCCAAAAGAAGAACAAUACAAUAACGAACAAUAGCUCUUCUCUUAACCCAAAAAAUCCUAACUUUAAAGAAAAAGAAUUACUUCUGAGAUCUCAUUCUUUCAUCAAUGGCUUCUUUUUUUCGUUCUCUUCUCUUCCCAAUUUUCAUUUCUUCUAUUAUCUUGCUGAGCCACUCGGUUAACUGCGACCAUGGAGACAAGGAAGAUCAUCUUCUUCAAAGCAUCAACGAAUAUCGUGCUUCCUUAAACUUGACAGCUUUAGUGAAGAAUGACAACGCAGAGUGUCUUGCCGAUGAACUUUCUGAACAGUUCCAGAAUCGACCCUGCACAAACGCAACAGGCGCCAACACUGUGCCAGGAACUGAACCCCAGUUCGCUAACUAUCCAAAUAUCUUAACCAAAUGCCGUUUGAACGUGUCCAACACCAGGGAUGGGGCUGUUUUGCCUGCCUGUGUUCCCAACUUGGAUUCAAGUCUCGUCCUCACCAACUUCACACGUUCCCAGUACUCAAAUUACCUUAACGACACCAAGUUUUCAGGCAUUGGAAUCGGUUCUGAAGACAACUGGAUCAUUGUUGUUCUGACCACAAACACAGCUGAGGGAAGCUUCGUGCCUGCCCAGACAUCACUCGAUACAGAUACUGAUGAGGAAGAUCUUCUUCUUAGAGGCAUUAACUCUGACCGAGCUGCACAAAACUUAACUCAACUGUUAGAGAAUGACAGAGCCGAGUGCUUUGCUGGAGAAUUCGCAGACCGGUUCCAGGAUCAACCUUGCACAAACACCACAGGCUCUGUCCUUGCACCAGGCACUGAGCCUCAAUUCCGUCUCUCCAGUUACCCAAUGCUUUUAGCCAAAUGCAACUUGAUCGUUUCCAACACAACCGACGGCUUUGUAUUGCCUGUUUGCAUUCCUAGAUCAGUACCGACCCUCGCCCUCUCUGACCUCAAGCGUUCCCAAUACGGGAAAUAUCUCAAUGACAGCUCGUUCACCGUGGCUGGAAUUGGCUCUGAAGAUGAUUGGUUCGUUGUUGUUCUAACCUCGAACACUGUGGUAGGAAACCCUGCUGUACCUGUUGGCCGAACACCGGGAGCCACUGCUCCCGGUGCCACUGCUCCCAACCCACUCAACAGAGGCAGUUCAGUCAACACCAUUGAUUCAACAAAUUUUGCAGCUCCCAAAAUUAGCUUCACUUACUACUCCCUAUUCUUCCUCAUUGCUUCCGCUCUAUUCCUAUAAACACGUCCAUAUAUACACAUAUACACACAAAUAUAGCUACACAUACACACGCAUAUUUAGUUAUAUAUAAUAUGUAGACGUACACACACACCCCCUUUUUGUUUGCAUUUUUCAUCAUUUUUAGAUAAAUUAUUAAGAAGAAAAUAAAAGGCCAUGACGUUAGGCAAGCUCGUUGCAACUUCAAACACAGCUAUUGAUGAUAUAGAUAGUGAAUAUUUCUUCACCAUUGAAGUGGACAUGUAUCUUGUUGCGGCCAUGGCGAUACAUAUCUAUAUAUACAAGAGUGUCUAGUGAUUAUUAAUUUUUUUUGUAUUUAUUUUUAGUUAUGCAAUAAAGAGUUGAGGGUAUACGUAUCUCGUUUUCCCUUAGAUGUUGUUAAAUUAGUAUGUGAAAUAAAAGUGUGUUGUAUUACAUGAUGUACUUUAGAAAAUUAUUUCUUGUGAAUAAAAAAUCAUUAUAUUUAUUUCUUUA